CACUGUCGGCCCCCGACUUUUGAGCUGUUAAUAAGGUGUUCUGUCGCAGUUCUUCGUGCACACUGCACACAUGAAAAGAAUGACACAUUGACCGGAUGCACUGGAUGAUUAUGGUGGGAUCAUAUGAGCAUUCCUCUCUAAGUGAUGUGUGAAUAAAACUCUGUGGAAGAACUACCUGUACUUGCAAAGAUGAUGGAGGGUGGUGGACGGAUGGGGCGGAACCUCCGAGGUAGAUGGGAGGCGUUCAUCUCCCUCACCACCAGUGAGGAGACAGAGGCUGCUCAGAAGGAAAAGCAUCUGCGGUUGGAGGAUUUCCUGCAUGCCUUUCUGUUGAUGUCGGCCAACCCAGCCAUUGACAGGGAAGACCUUGUCAACUUCUGCGGUGACAUUCACAGUGUCUUCAACAUCCUGGUCCGUCAGUUCAUGGCGGACAUCCAGGAGCUGGCUCCCACGCACCCCAGUGACCCUCCCAACCAUGCCAGCCCGCCGUGCUCACCAGCUGCGCCGAGUCCCCUUAUGGAGUUCCUCUUGCAUGGCCGGGGCUGGCUGGUCCUGAAUGCGUUGUGCAACCUCUCAAGCCAGGCACUUGACUUCAGCCCUGACUUUGUGUGUCUCUUGGUCCAGUUCAUCGAGGAGGCUAUGUAUUUGCCUGUUCGUGGCAGUCAUAAAGAUCACCGUGUCAAUAUUCCAAGGCUUGAUGCCUGCAUCCUGAAGAGGAACUUUUCCAAGAAGAGUCUCAUGUCUAUUGGCUUUGCCAAUUCACGCAGGUCAACGUUCAGGGGCCAUACCCUUUCCAACCCACCAUCUCCUGUCAGGUUUCAGUCUUACCAGGGAAGCCCUCUAUCCUGCAGGAGGAGCAGCAAGGAUGCCACGGAUUCUUCUGACUCGGACAGUGGGACCAAGACAGGCGAUCGUAAAUCCUCAAAGAGGUCGGGCAGUGAUUCAACGCCGAGGCAUGUCUACUCAAAGCAGGCGCCCCUGCCCAAGGCAGCCCUCUUAGGUGAAGUGCGAAUCGUGGACUGGAAACUGAGCGUAGAGGACAGCUGUAGCAAUGUGAGCAGCGUCGACGUCGACGCCUUUGACCUCUGCCUUGUGCUGCUGUCCCUCUUAGAAAGGCUUUGUACCAGCGAGGUCAUGCACUCCAGCAAGAGGAAUACCCUAGCCCUUUUCCUGGCUCCUAAGCUCACCCACCUGCUGACCAUUAUGAAUAGUCAUGCUUCUGAAGCCAAGACUAAGGAGCUGAGUGGUUUGGAGUCGCAGAGCCACAGGUGGUCAGAGGAUCUGAUUUGCUCGCUGCAGAGAAUAGUGUUGCGCAUCGUGGUCAGCCUCUGCAUGUACAGCUGCACUCAGCAUUACGAAGCACCCAAACUGGCGUCUAACGGUAUACUGUUCACGCUGCUGCAGUUGGUCAAGACUGUCAGGCAAAAGACAGAGAAACCCACAGGGGUUGUGGAUGUGCAAACAGAGGGUUCAGCGGCCACCAAAACAUCUAAUGCUGGUUCAACUGACAAUCAUGAAGCACAGCCUGACGUCAAUGGUGGCAGUCCCCAUAAUGGACCGCAUGCAUUGCGGCCGGAUGCAUGGUCGCAGUUGACUCUGAACAAUUUGCACUAUGUUGGUGAAAUACUGCUUGGUGUUGUCUUACUGCUGAUUGGUGUCAUGCACAGCUGUUGCGACAAUCAGAUUGUGGUCACCCAUGCCAUGGCACUGCUGAACGAGUUUGCCACGAAUGCCGGCUAUACUGUCACUGAGUCUUUUCUCACCUUUGUGGAUGAGAAGAUAAGACAUCUUGGGGAAGACGCUCAGGAGUCACAGAAACUUAAAGACUGCAUCAUCAGCCUCUUAUGCAGUUUGGCCAAACUGCUUAUAGCUACCAAGAGAGCUAAACUGGAGUAUGUCCAUAAAUUUCAGUGUUUAAAACGAACCCACAAUACCUGUGACUAUACACACUACACCCACCACCACCACAGCAUGUUCGGCAUCUCACAUAGUGCCUAUGAGGAUGAAAGGCUGCUACAUCCUCGGCCCAAGAGCCUUUCCAAGGUAGGUGCUGACAACAGCUUGUUUAGAGCUCGGCGCUCCAAAUGCUGCAUUGCAGUCAUCGUGGAGAUGCUGUUGGGACUUCUGGAGAAGGUGCAUUACAAGGGUACGACUGUGCGGAUCCUGUUUGCACUUGAGCAGGGUGGUGUCUGCUGCUGUCUUCUGCCCAAGCUCAUCAUUUCCAUCUUCCUGAGAAGCCUCAAGGAACAGCCGGUUGCCAUGAGGAGCUACCUCCUCAGUGUCUUGAGCAAGCUGAUCCUUGAGCAGCUCGGAGGUGGCGAGCGAUCGGAAGGAGUUGUGCAGGGUAUCUGUGAGGAGUGCUCCAGCCAGGAUCUCCGCUCCCUUUCUCCAACGGUGACAGGGACAAAAAUCGCUGACCAUUACAUGUCUAGUGACAGUGCCAUCUGCAGUGACGGGAGCCAGCAUGAUGAGGACAUCCGGUCAGUCAGAUGGAGGGUGCUGGAAAUGUACACACCACUGCUUAUGAGUCACGAUGAAGUCCUUAGCCAGCAGAUUUCAGGCCAUCUUCUCCAUCUUGUGAGGCACAGUAAUAUGGUUGUCAAGGAGGAACUGUACUUCAAUGUCAUCCUAUCAUGUUUCCGACAUAGCAACGCUGACGCCAUUGACGGCCUGUCAAAUCUUCCCUGUUUCACAUCACCACCUGUACUCGAGCACAUCUUCUGUGCCCUUCCAUAUCUCUUAAAUACACUUUCAGCACAAGUGGAGUUUCUACAUGAAGGGGGUUUGACACAGCUUAUGCAACUCCUGGACAUGCAUGCCACUCGGUUGCACGUACUUAGAGUGUUUGAGGUACUAAUAUUGUCUGAGGAGAGCCAAGGUGCCUUCCUCAAGAACCGUUGUCGGUCGGACACCAGAGAUAGUGCAGUUAGCACAGACACGCUGAGUGAAAGUGGGGAAACCUGCAAUGUUGUCCAAGACUUUGUGAAAAUUGUCUGCACCGUAUUGCCGUACAAACUGCCUGAGCUAAAGAAAGCCGUCAGCACUCCAGCAGAUAGUAACGAGUCAGACGAGGACUGGUUACAGUCCUGCGAAGUUAUUGAGGAUCCCAUCGAACGGGUUUACCGCAGCACUCAGAACAGAAGCCUUAUUGAGGAAGGCAAAGUGGCCUUUGCAGAGAGUCUGGAUACUAUCAAAGAAGUUGAGAGCAGUCAAGAGAAUGGUGACAGCUUUGAGGAGAUGCUGCUGAUGCCCGAUCAGCUCAGCAAGCUGAGUGAAACGACCCUGGCCAAGGCCGCCGAUGUCUGGCGGAUCAAUGGGAACUUGCUCCUCCAAAGCGCCAGCUACAAGCUGCAGUUCCUCCAGCAGGAGGGGGACAUCUUGGCCAUGUUGCUCCUCAAAGAAGCCCUGGUGGGUCUGGCCAAGACAUGGAAGAUGUGUGAAGGGCUCCCUGUCACCUGGUCCCCCUCCAGAGACAGCGUGACAAGGCUACGCACUGAAUCCGAGUACAAGGCAGCUCCAGUGAAUGUGUUUCAGGUCAUAUUGGAUAUCGCUGGGUCGCUGCUCAGGAUCUGUCUGACACUGCAAGGAAGAGUGGAGGGUCAAGUCAUACCCAAAUUCCUUGAGAACUGCAAGGGGAUUUUGAAACAGUCUGGGAUUCUGCAGUCAGCAUUGGGAAGGCCUGUUGCUGAGAUGCUCCUAAAGGUUGCCCAGAUGCAGGUGUAUGUCCAUCCUGGGACCCAUGGCUACAGCAUCACCACCAAGGACUAUCCGGAUAGUACAUGUAGUGGAGAAGACAUGCUGCAUUGGAAUCCGGAGGAGUUGCAAGAAGCUGUCUCCAGUGACAGCCAAAGUGAAGUUAGUGAUAUGUUGAGCACUGAGGAAGGGUAUGAGGCUGACAGUGAGAGGGAGAAAGAAGGCAUUCAUUCCGGUGACAGCCAAGGUGAGGUGGAUCUUGACCGGGCGGAGUUGACGAUGAGCCAGCACACCCUCCUGCACCCUCAGGUCUGCUUGCUGCUGCUGGAGCUGCUGGAAGGCACCAACAAUAAUGAAGACAGCGAUGCCAGGGAGUUUCCGGCUGAGGUGGCCUGCUACAGCAUCAAGCAGAUUAUUGCCAUCGCCCGCAGCAGCCAGGCCAGCCAGAACAGCCUGUACCACUGCGGGCUGCCUAAGGUGACGUUGCAGAACUACCGCAGGACAGUGUCGUCAGCUGAGAGGGUGCUGCUCCUGGAACUUUUUGCUGUGCUGGUGCAACACAAUCUAGCCACUUCAGAAUUAAGAGAGUUCCUGCAGCUUUUUCCCACUGGUCAACCAUUCAUGGAUGAAGAUCUGCUGUGCACGCUGCUGACCAUCGUUGACAACACGCCUUCCCUGCCCUCCCACAUCCUCAGCUUCCCCAUCGUCAAGCCCCUCUCCGAGACGCUCAUCGGCAGCGAGACCCACUCUAGCAGCAGUACUGCUUCGACAAUCACCGAUGUCAAAGCUGGCCGACCUGACCAGGCGACACCGCCAUCUGCGGCAGAGGCAAAGGAAGACAAGGAACGGCAGUCCGCGUCGGAGCCCGUCCAAGUCCGGCUGGGGGUCAGCCGGUCACCCUGGUACAUUGCCCCCGUCCAGCUGCCUGUCCGCACCAACCUGCCCUGGCCCCCAACGGGGAAGGGGUUCUUCAUUGCUGCAUGGCUAAAGGUGGAUGAGCUGAGUAUGCUCAGUCGACUCCAUGCAGUGCCGGGGUUCAGGAGAAGAAAGAGUGUGCACCGACAGGCCUCAGUGAAGCUGACUGAAGAAGAGAUAAUGGACCAGGAAUUGCUUUAUGGGAAGAAGCCUCAACGCAAGGAGUCGAUCACACGGCCACCGGCGCUACAACGGGUUGGGCUUCACCUCUUCUCUGUCGGCAACCGGGACUUGAUGAUGCAGGUGUGGGUGGAAGCCAGGACCUGCAGAUUGACCAUAAGAUUAACUCACUUUUUGUCAGGGAAUGACCACGUGGUGCUACAUGAGAAAACAUGCUCUCUCCUGUCUCUGAGUGUCUGGCAGCACCUCACGUUGGGAUAUGAAGAGAAGGCCGAGGGUUCAACGCGAACUGGAAUGAUUACCGUGAUCAUAAACGGACAGCUACAGAGGGACUUCCUUGUGGAGUACAACAGUCCUGUCCAGGCCAAAUCUGGCCAGUCACCGGUGCCCUACUGCCUGUUGGGACACUGUGUGCAGGAAGGCACAGAUACCAACUUGCCUCACGGAUCCUGGCAGCUCGGCAACGUCAUGCUGUUCAAUGAUGCCCGUGUUUUAAAUCAGGAAGUAGCUUUCCACCUGUACAGCAUGGGUCCCGACUGUCUGACCGUCAGCCUCUGUGAGGGCAGCAAGCAGGGUCAGCUGUACAGCCAGCACAUCACGCAGGACAUUCUCCAGUCGGCGAUCAGCUGUGAGAUAAUGUCAGGUGACCGGGAGGUGGAGCUGAGAUCUGCCCGGGAGUCGCUGGUGAUUACCUACUCACCAGGCAACAAGGACGUCUACUGCCAUUAUGAGCCGGUGGGCAAUUCCAGCGGCCCCUUGGGGCGCGUGCUGGGCGGUUCCUCCAGGAGCUAUCCCAACGCUCUCCUGCAGUGCCCUGCCACCCUCGGAGCGGCUCUCCUCUGCACCCUCACCCCCCACUCCCACUGCGGCCUGCUGCAGGCCAUCAAGGAGAGCGGGGGAAUUGGCGUUUUUGUCUUCCUCUUUGCUAAGAUCGUUGAGAAGUCCAGCAGCAAGACCGUCCAGGCCAAGGCCCUCAAACUGAUCAUGAGGUUGCGGUCCUGCAGUCAUGCCCUGGCAGCCGAGUUCAACAACAUGAUGGCUGCCUCCAUGAUCGCCAAGGUCCUGGUCACCCCCAAGUGCAUUGUGGGAUUUGAGAUGUUGAGGGUCAUGCUGGAAGCCUGCCUCACCAAACCUGUCCUGUACCGCUGCUCUCACUCCAACGAGUACCGGCUGCACCGCGACACACAGGCCAUCAUCCAGGACACCAGUCUGGUCUCCCAGCUCCUGCUGGCCUGGCGCAUCUGGGAGAAGGCGGAGGCAGGCGUUCUUCCCAUGCUGUUCCGCGUGAUGGAGUCGCUGAUUCACGCCGACCACCCGUACCAGGCGUUCAACAUCACGCAGCUGCUCAGCAUCCGUGGUGUCCAACGGCUGCUCAUGAUCUGCAAGGAACGUCACCAUGAGGAUCUGCCCAGUCUUACCCCGCUGACCUGCUCCUCGGUAGUGUCCAUCAUCAAGGGCCUGAUGGGUCAGCCACCAGACAUCAACCUCCUGGCCGAGGUGUGCGACUUCCUGUUGGCCAUCCAUCCAGCGGUCAACACGUUCGUCUGCCAUGCCCAGUCCAGCUUCUACUUCUCCCAUCACUCCUUUGUACAGCAGAAAGCCAAACAGAAACUACUCCAAAAGAUGUCGAGUCUUGACGAUUCGUCUGACCAGUCUGAGACAAGCUCAGAGACUGCUAAAUUCUACCUCCCGUCAGUAGAUCUUAGUAUCUCAGAAAUGAACCAUAAUCGCCAAAAGGUGGCUGCAACCCCUGAUAGAGAGAAUGAUGAAAAUGCGGCAAAAGUGAAGAGUCAGGGUCCCUUUGGAUCUCCGGGUGCCAGUGACUGGGAUGAGGACAGGGUGUCAGACAUGAGCGGUCUGUGCUCUGGACUGCUCAAUCUUCUGUCUGAGGCUUUAGUAGUGCUGCCCGACUCCAGUCUGUCCAAGGUUCUGGGCAUCGUCAUCAAACCAGAGACACUCAUAGUGCUGGCCCACCACGACUCUCCUCUGAUCCGGACACGAGUCAUACAGCUUCUAGAUGUGUUCUUCCACCGUGCCAGCUCGGCCCAGAUUGAGACAUUCCUGAAGCGGAAGAGCUUCCACCUCUUGGCCAACCAGCUACAUCAGUACCCAGCCACCAGGGAGCUGAUGGAGGCAUGUCUGACCAUCACCGUGGGCAAGCCGGUCGAUCUGGAACAAGGUGUGGAGUUGAUGUUACUGCAGGAGGCCGACCGCUUCCAACAUGUCUCCUCAGUGCUGCUCAUGUCCCUCCUAGAGAACGCGGUCCACGACUUUUCUCUUUGCCACAAUGGGAUAUGCAUAGCCAACCAGUUGUUUGAAGGUGUUGAAAGUAUAGCCCAUGUGAUGCUCGUCAACGGCCUGGUGGAGACCUUGUGUAAUGUGUUGUCUGCAGUAUGCAGCAGGGCGUCCGCCGUCGGUAUCACGGGGAAGCCCAACAGGCAGCGGGCAGCUUCGCCCAAGGGCAGCACGAGGUCCAGUGACAGCCCGGAGGAUAUCACUGGCAGGGAAAAAACAAAAACCACUCUGGAGGAUUCAAGCAGGACAGACGAGGGAACUCCAAGCAAGGACGCUAACAUUGGUUGUGAGGGGUCUCCAAAUGGAAGUGAGACCCUGAACCCAGAAGUUGAUGGAGGAGUGGGUCUAAGAACGCUCGGAAAUGAGACAGGGGCUGGCAUUGCACAGCCGGCAAAGGUCAAUGGGUUUAUGGGAAGCAAUCUCGAGGAACCAGACUUAAUCACACUACCCCGGGAAGAAUCCACCCCAUCCCUGGGUGGCAGUGAUGUUGACUCAGGUGAUGUGGACACUGAUGGAUGGGACGGAGGAGAUGAUGCGAGCAGCGUGUCCAAGGAUCCACUUCCACGGUUACCCGAUAGAUUAUCGGAAACAGUGCAGAUUCUCAUCAAGGAUAUACAUCACUUCAUGGCCUGCAUUGCUAAUCAUGUCUUUAGUUCUGUCAGCCAGUUUGACUACUUUGAAAACAUGAUGCUGCUCCUCGGUGGAAUGGAGGAGAAGCUAAGAAAGAGGCACGGCCCGAGCUCUGUGAUCCCAGAUAUCGUGUACGACACCCAGUGCUACAUUGUCAAAGAGGUCCUGGACCACUUCAGGGCCACUUCCAUGUCUGUCGACUCGGCUGUCACCAAAGGCAAGAAAGCCAUGACCUUGCAGAGGAGUGUCAGCUACUCAGAGCGCAAGUAUGAGGAAUACAAAUGGAAACGGCGCAAUUCUUCCGAUUCAGAGGCCAAAGGCUCAAGGGGGCGCUUUGCAUCCACUAGCAGCAUUACCACUGAGUUUGGUAUGUCCCUCAUUUCGGAGUCCAAUUUGGACGACACAAUGUCAUUAAGCUCUGAGCAGGAACAGCUGUCUGAUUUUUGCCUGCAGGCAGAAGAUCGCCGGUACUCGUCACAGCUGGACACCAUCCUCAGAAUGCAGAGGGUGCAUGCGUCUUCAACGUCCAGCCGGGUACCAAGUCGGAAGAAGACCCCGGAGCUGGCAGGGGAGCAACUCCUGGCCAAACGUUUCCAGAGAAUCUGCCUGCUGACUGUCAAUCUAGUGGUCCAGAGAGAUCCCUCUUGCGUGAAUCUCGUCAAGUCAACAGCUUUGGGAAGCCCAGAAGACGGCUUCAUUCAGGCGGUGGAUCCAACAUUUAUUCAGCUGGCCAAGCAGCUGUUCCAUUUCCUUACCGAUGCUCUGGCUGCAACCAUGGAGAGGAAACUGGGCCAGCGCAAGCAGUGGGAGAGCAUCCUGUGGUCAUCGCGCGACACGCUGCGUCUGCAACUGCACCGCCUCCUGGUUCACAUGAUGGCGCCCUGGCAGUCCACGCCCAUCAGGGUCUACAUGCUGCAGAUUGCUUGCAUCCCCAGGGCCAACCACAUACUCCAGACAGUGCUCAACUCUAACCUGCAGCAACACCUGGGUAAGUUUGAGCUGUUCCUGUUCGACCUCCUGCGGAACCACUCGCAGCUGACGGAGGCCAACCUGGUGCUGUGCCAACAGCUGAUGGACCUGCUGGAGAUAUGCGGCUUCCAUCCGCUGUACGAGGAAGACAUGGACGUGACCACGCAGGACAGGGUCAAGAUCGAACUUGAGAAGAUGAUAACCGAGGAGCAGUCAUCGCAGGAGGCACACAUCAAACAGCGGUUGGAUGGUGCUGUCAGUGCGUGGUCCAAGCUCGACCCAUUUGCCAAAGAGGUUGCCAACUCGGCCAUGGAGGUCACACAGUUGGUGACUGCCUACCAGAAUGGCCAGCGGAUACGCUUCCUGGAGUUCUUGAGGAGCACCAUCGCCAGCUCCCUCGAUGUCAGGUCAGCUUGGCAGGACCUGAUCCAGAGCCUGACUCAUGAAAGAGCUGUCUGGUAUGAUCCCCAGACCUACCCCUCCUCCUGGCAGCUGGACCCCACCGAGGGGCCAGGCCGAGUCCGUCGCCGCCUCCAGCGUUGUCACCUGGGCAUCCCCAACAAGUUCCUCCUCCCCCAGUGGCAGGAGAGGCACCCGCCGCAGUCCACCAAGCCCCUGGACUAUCUCUUCGAGGACAGCGUGCAGUCAUCCAACUCCUCAGAGUUCAAGAGGAGACUACAGAAGAACGAAAAGAUAAGUAAUGCUUUCUUCUGCAAGUUGGUGACUCCUGCAUCGGUAAACACGGGUGAUCUCUUGCAAGGUGUCAACAGCAUGUAUUUUGUCAGUGAGGAAAUGCCUGAUAGCAGCCACGCCCAGGUCAACCCCUUUGACCGUGACAUGAUGACCAUCUCCUGGCUCUAUGUGGACAUCAAGGAGCUGCACCUGCGCUGGUACCAGCUCCGAGACAACGCCCUGGAGAUUUUCCUGGUCAACGGGCAGACGUUGCUGCUGGCAUUUGAGAACACGAGGGAGAGAGACACGCUGUACCAGCAGAUCAAGUCCUGCGACCUGCCCAACCUGGUCGAGGUGGACGACAUCUCGGACGUGACCCAGGCCUGGCGGCUGGGCCAGAUGACCAACUACGAGUACCUGACCCAGCUCAACAAGCUGGCCGGCCGCUCCUUCAACGACCUCAUGCAGUAUCCGGUCUUCCCCUUUGUGCUGAGUGACUACACCAGUAGAAUCCUAGACCUGGAGAACCCUAAUUCGUACAGAGACCUGACGAAACCAGUGGCCGUCCAAUCCCAAGCGAUGGAAAAUCGUUACAAGGAAAAUUACAAGUUCCUGAAGGAGGAAUACCAGAAGCUGAAGGGUCUCCGCAUGGGGCAGACCAUGUUCUGGACCAAGCCCUACCACUACGGCUCCCAUUACUCCAACAGCGGCACGGUGCUGCAGUACCUGGUCCGCCUGCCUCCCUUCACCAAGAUGUUCCUUCAUUAUCAGGAUAACCACUUUGAUUUGCCAGACCGUACAUUCCAUUGCGUGGAUACCUCAUGGAGGCUGUCGUCUUACCAGUCCAGCACCGAUGUCAAGGAACUCAUUCCCGAGUUCUUCUUCCUGCCAGAGUUUCUUGUCAACAAUGAAGGCUACAACUUUGGCAUCCGUCAGUCCGGGGCCCACGUCGAUGAUGUAAUUCUACCACCUUGGGCCAAUGGCAGUGCACGACUCUUUGUCUUGAUCCACCGUCAGGCCCUGGAGUCGGUCUACGCCUCCAAGUUCCUGCAUGCCUGGGUGGACCUGGUAUUUGGGGUCAAACAGCAGGGGUCGCUGGCCGUGGAUUCCAUCAACGUCUUCCACCCUGCAACGUACUUUGGCAUCGACACCACUGCCAUCAAGGAUCCUGUCAAGCAGCGAGCCGUGGAGACGAUGAUCAAGACCUACGGCCAGACCCCCAAGCAGCUCUUUGUCAACUACCACCCCUCCCGCGUGGAGCACGACAGCUUUGUCCCCGACAACUUUGCCAUCGGCUCUGUGGGCAUUCUGGCUGGCCUGAGCCAACGGCCGCCCACCAAGGCCAACACGGGCCCCGAGGCCAGCAACAUACUGGCACCUGUAAACACAGUCAAGGGCAUGAGAUGGGGCAACUACCUCGGCUCGGCAUCGGGACCUGAUCCGGUGAUCCGAUACAAGAAGCACUUUCCGGUUCCCCUGACCACGCUGAUCCCAUUGCCCACGGGCGACGUCUGUGGGGUGGCGCAACACCUGUGCCUGCUCUUGAUGUACAGUAAAGAGAGAGGGGUGAGCAGCAUGAAUGCGGUCGACAUCAAGUGGUCAGGAAUCGUCAGCUGGGGCCACCCAGAUGCCAUCCUGAGGGUACAAAUAAGGCGCAAGUCCCUCCCUUUGAACCUCCUGCAUGCCACACCCACAGAUAAGAUCACGUGUUGCAGCUCGGUGUCUGACUGCAGACUUCUUUUCAUCGGUGCAAUGUCAGGCAUAAUCACAGCGUAUCCAACCCGCUACAACCCAGACAAGCAAUGCAACAUCGAGGUUGUAGGUGCGGCUGUUCAGCUCUUCGGCCACACAGCCUGCAUCAACAGUCUCUGUGUCAGCCGGGCCUACAGCAUCAUGGUCAGUUCUAGUCAGGACGGUACCUGCAUCAUCUGGGACCUUAACAGACUAUGUUACAUCCGAGCGCUCUGUGAUGGCGAUGUUUACCGUGACGCCAAUGGUGUAACGGCUGUGACAGUCAGUGAUGUGUCUGGUGACAUUGCAAUAUCCACAGGAAUGGCUGAUGGAGGCAGUAGUGUCAGCCUAUGGACCAUCAACACUAGCCUCGUUUCCAGACGACUCUGCGACAGCGAAGUCCACUGCUUAGCAUUCUCCAAUGCCCCUGAGGGCAUUGCCGUUAACUCGCUGGUGGCCGGCUGCGAAGAUGGAGUCAUCAGGUUCUGGAGUACGAUUGAUCUUACACCAAUCCGAGUGCUCGUUGGCAACACGCACAGCCCCAUUAUCAGUCUUGCCUUCACCAACGACUCCCAGUACCUGGUGGCUAGUAAUCAGGACGGCCUGGUGGUGACGUGGGGCAACAAAGAGGGCAGCCGCAGGGCCCCCAAGAUGGAGGCCUUCCUCGACAUCGGGAAGAUCCGGAAUCCUGGGAACAACAAAAUCAGCUCCCUUGGGAGUCCUUGAAAGAAAAGCCUCACAGGGUCGGGGCGAGGGUGUCAUUGAUGACAAAGCAGCUCGUUUGGGAAUUGUAAGGUAAUUGUGACAGGUGCGGGCAGAUUGUAAAUGAUAGAUCUAGUUUUUGGUUCUGAUGACGGUUUUUAUCUUGUCCCAGUACUAAGAUUAAUUUUCCUCCCGAGGGCAAUAACUGAUUGCUGUUUAGAUGGCUUUUAUUUUUAAUAGGUUAGUCAUUUUGGUUACCCACAUGUAGAAGUUACUUUGGCUGAGAUUUCAAUUAGAUUGGAGUCUCUUUCUCGUUCUUUCUUUUUGGUUUGAUGUGUAGGAUUACCUGUUUCUACAUCAGGUUCAAGUAUAUCCGGAUAAUUUCUCAAUAAUUUCUGACAGAGGAUUGCCCACAAUUUAUAAUUUUCAAUAAAAUCACUGAAGCUGGAGAUAAAUACCUUCAGUUGUAUUUUAGACAGCGCCCUCUUUUGGUCACAUUUUCCUGGUUUCCAUUUUGAGAGAAACCCAUAGCCAGUGGUAUUGGUGCUAAUAGUUAUAUAGAUGCUGUAAUUUUGAAUUGAUCAUGUUGAUUUUGAGGCUGAUUUAAGAGAUUUAAGCUGUUUCAGAUUCUGCCCAUAGCAUGCAAAUGAUAGGCAGAAAGCAAGUUCAGUUUGUUUCGAUAAAAUACAAAUAAUUCAGUAUUUCCAGUGCCAACCUCAUUUUUAUUUUAAAUAUCAAGCCACCAUUGAAGCGUCAACGUGUCAGUGAUAGCGUAAGUUUUCAGAGCAUAUUGGAAGAUGUUUAAUCGCAAAGUUACAUUUUAGAUCAAAGUUUUGUUGUUAUUAUGACAAUUUCCUUUGCAUAGUUCAAAUACCUGACAGAGGAAAACUAAAUUCCAAACUGUCCAAAUUAUGUAUCGCUAUUCAUCAGUAGUCUCCAUGUCCCCCAAUUAGGAGCAGUUUAUUGGUCAUCUAUUUCAUUAUUGUUUAACGCUGAUAACUUGCUCUGAAAACUGAAGUAAAAGGUACUCACAUAACGUCAGUGAUCGGGGAUUUCUUUAGCAUGUAGAUAAGGUCUGGAUAUAUUGGUAAUUUUCAUAGCCAAGACUUCUUUAGUCGGAGAUGGUUUGACAUUCCAUUAAAAAAUCUGAAUAGCUAGAGAGAGAAAGAGAAGCUUUUGAAAGAUUUGAUUUUUGUGUGGACCUGGGCAAGAGGUGCUUGGACCCUUGUGAUCUAUUGCUUGAAAGUGAACUUAAUAAACGCAAACUCUACAUGCCCAUGCGUAGAAUACUUUGAAGGCAAUCCAAGGAACAGACACUGUACACUUUGUGCAUGAGCAUUUAUGGAGAACAUGUUGAAGUAAGAUGGAACAGAAUGGAGAAUGAUUUGCCCUGAAUUCAACGUAUGAAUUAAAUGCUGAUAUAUGUAAAAGCAUUCUGGCAAAUUGUCACAGCAAACAAGAAUCUUAUACAGUGCACAGAAUAUACAAAUGCCAGUUGCAAAGUGAAAUAACCCUUGAUUGAUGACAUAACGAUUGACUUCUGAAAUGAGACCUAUUGACUGAUGAAAUGAUUACUAUUGACUGAUGAAAUAACUAUUGACCGAUUUUAAUCCCUUUGACUAUACAGGCGUAUGUACUGAUGACGUUAUGCUUGUUUGUAUGCAUGCCCCUUUUCCUGGGAAGUUUCAAAUCGGUCAUCCCCACUUGGCUCCCACAGAAAAGGGCACAUGUAAACAAAGCAAGUACAUGGGCCUAUUGGGUCAUAUAGAAAUGUACAAAGAAUGUACUCAAAUUUUGAGCAUUCCAUAGUUUUGCUCACACGUGUUCAGAAAGUAUUGUGCCCUGGCAUUUGAAUAUAUAACACUGUGGCCUGGAUGUAUCUCCAAGCUAUGUACCGGUAUCAUGGUGUCAAACAUCGAGAGAUGGUGUCUGAAAUGUUUUAAGAAUUGUUUUCUUUGUAUUUUUGAUAGUUUAACACUAGCUCUAAAAAUUUGACAAGGUAAAUUAACACUUAAAAAGAUGUGUGAGGAUGUAAAUGAUCAUGAACUGUUUAAUGAAGAAAUGUAAUUUUAUAUUAAUGCAAUGACAGUACUUUAAAAGUUAUAUUUUGUUGUGAAUGAACAGAUACAAAAAUCAAACCUAUGCAGCUUUUUGAGUCAACAAACCGAGAAUGUCAAGUAGUGUGGAAGUCAAACAAGAAUGAGGGUUGUCGCUGAUACUUUUUAUAUUCUGCAAUAAUCUUUGUUUUUAAAUUUGUGUUCCUUUGUUUUUUCAUGUUUGUCGCAUGUUGCAAUCAAAGUGUUGGUUGACCAGAAACGAUUUCUUCCAGUGAAAAUCCUACAAAAGAGUUGCAUUAAUACAUGAAAUGAACUCCAAUUUAGAGAGGCAAACUACACUAUUGGGAUUUCAGUAUGCCAAGCAACCCCCCCCAAUGGGUUCACAGGAAACUGUAGAUGCAGUUACUGGUUAGUUGUUCCAUAAGAAUAUUAUAAACAAAGUGUAAGCAACCUGUUUUCAGUUUCGUCAUAAACAUUUCAAACAAGUCCCGACAUAAACAAUACUGAAACUGAACAAAUCUACGGAAAAUGAACAAAUCUGAGCAUCAGUUUAUGGAAGAAUUUGUUUUCCCGAAAGAAAAAUGGCAGUGUUUUGCUGUGUAAAUGCUAUAACCAAUGUUGAGAAAGUUUGCCCACAGUAUAACCACAAUGGACAAUGUAAACCUAAAUGUUCACGUAACAUAUGCCAACAGUAUUAUAGACUGUGUAUAACUGCCAUACCAACUUUGUUUAUUGUAUGUCUAUGUAUCUCUAAACCCCCUAAAUUCUGCAAGACAACUAUUUCGCUCAUCUGUAAAUUGUGAAAAGUGAUGUGUGUUGUGUGGAGCAAUCAAAUACAUGUGUGUUACUCUGAAGCUCUUUUUGGUAGGUAAUUUAUGUACUGAAUUAUUUUUAUAUUACACACAAAUGUCAUUGGUGAGUACAUCAAAUAUGUUACAAAUACUGUGCCUAAUUUUUUUUUUCAUAAAUGAUUGAGCAGAAAAUAAACUACAUGUACUUUGAUAUCAUCAA